ACAAAAUGUAAACCGAUGGAAAGGUACUGAAAUAACAAAAAUGCUAUGGGUACCUCAAGUAUACCCCAUUUCAUACCCCAUAUAAAAACUCCCAUUUUUACCAUCUUUUUUUACCCCCUUUUCUCUCACAUCUCUCCUACUCCACCCAAUCUCUUCUUUUCCGCCAAAGACACUCCCCCUCCUUCGUGGAGUUCGAUUCUGCUACAGUACUCAGGCCAAACUCCACAAACCUUCCUCCUUCAUCUUCUUGGAUGGAUAUCAUGGGGACUGAGGUGCAUUUGGACGAGUUGAGUGGGGAAGAAGUUCAAAUGAAUGGUUUGACAUGGGGAGAUGACGUGGGUGACGGUGGUAAUCCUCCAGCUCCGGUGGGUGUUGAAGUGAAUGCGACUUCAAGGGAAGAAGAUGAAGAAGGUGUGGAAGUUGAAUCUUUGGAGAAGGAUGAAGACGAAGAAGAGAUUUGUAAUAAAGUUCCCUUUGUUGGCAUGGAGUUCCCAAGUAAAGAUGCAGUGUGUGAUUUCUACAAGGAAUACGGGAGAAGAGUAGGGUUUCCUGUUAGAAUACGAAAUUCAAGGAAAGACGCAGAAGGAAGCACAAUUGCAAUUGCAUUAGAGUGCGGGCGUGCGGGAAAUAGACAAAGUCAGACACAAAAUGUUUUGAAACCUCAACCUUCAAUGCAAUUUGGUUGCUUGGCAAAAAUAAGAGCACGUAUAAAUUAUGAAGGGGCAUGGGUCAUUUCAACGUGUUGUUUAGAUCAUAACCAUCCCAUGAGUCCAACGAAGGCUAGACUAUUUCGGUGUUAUAGGAGGUUGACACCAAAAGCUAUGAAGCAAAUUGCAAUCAAUGAUGUCGCGGGUAUACGACUUAAUAAGAGUUUCCACUCACAAGUCGUAGAAGCGGGUGGAUAUGAUCAACUUCCAUUCAUUGAAAAGGAUUGUCGGAACUAUAUAGAUAAGGUGCGUCAACUUAGGUUGGGGGUUGGUGAUGCGGUGGCAUUGCAAGAUUUUUUUUAAAAAUGCAAGCACAAUGCUCCGGGUUCUUCUUUAUGCUUGAUUUGGAUGAAGAGUCACGGUUACGGAAUGUAUUUUGGGCGGACAAUCGAUGUCGAUAUGCUUACAAAGAUUUUGGUGAUGUCAUUACUUUUGACACAACAUAUCUUACCAAUCGUUAUGACAUGCCUUUCGCGCCAUUUGUAGGAGUGAAUCACCACGGGCGAUCAAUCUUGCUUGGUUGUGGCCUCAUCUCGAGUGAAGAUACAGAAACGUUUGUGUGGCUUUUUAGAGCUUGGCUUGAGUGUAUGGACGGUUGUGCCCCUCACGGAAUUAUUACCGACCAAGAUCGUGCUAUGCAAAAUGCCAUCCAAAUAGUCUUUCCUAAAACACGACACCGAUGGUGUUUAUGGCACAUAAUGAAGAAGCUACCGGAGAAGUUGGGAGGGUAUACCCAUAAAGAUGAAAUUAUGGCCGGUAUACAUGAUUCAGUAUAUGACUCUCAAUUCCCUGUUGAUUUUGAAGUUGGUUGGAAUUCUCAUUUGGAAAGGUGGUAGACAAUUGUGUAUUAAUAUUGAAUGACUUGCCAGACAACAUUUGCCUGGCCCAGACAUUAGUACUCUGGGACGUAAACCUUGUGUAUGCCAUAGUCACAGACAAAAUAUGUUUGGAAUAGACAUUUUGUUUAUGGGGCAUUGUGGUUGUUUCUGCAACACGUACAGACAAAAUUUGUCUGUGUCAGACAUAAGUAGUCUGGGAG